ACACGCCUAACUUUAUAGCAAGGCAUGGAUGCGGAAUAUGAAAACAUUUCAAUUGAAAUCUCAAAUGAGACGUUUGAUGGCGACUUCUAUCUUGGACUUAAAAGUGACACAACCACUGACAGGACAUUCAAAAUCAUAUUUUACAGCAUCUUAAUGAUGUUUGGAAUUUUUGGAAAUUUGAGUGUUGUUUUAGUUAUAUGUAAAUCUAAGCAACUUAGAACGAAGUUCAACUUUUACAUUGUAAACCUAGCAGUCGCGGACUUUUUCAUGGCGGUAUUUUGCACGUGGAUUCAUUUAGUAUCGAGCCUUCAUCCUGAACAGUGGACUCUUGGGAAAUUAAUUUGCAAAACCCACAAUUUCGUUCAAGUGACAACUGUGUGCUGCAGCGUAUUUACCUUGACAACGGUUAUAAUUGACCGGUUUAUUGCUGUGGUAUCCCCUGGCUGUCUAUGGAUAACACAGAAGUGUCAACCUGUCAAUGCAGUAAUUAUCUGGUUGCUUUCAUUUGCCGUGGCAACCCCAUGGCUUAUUUUCCAAUAUUACGCCGCGUUUGACUGGAUCGGUGGGCAUGAGGUCGUCUGUCAAUCGAAAUUCCCAUCUGCUUUGUCAAAGAAAGCCUACUAUGUGUCAUUCUUCGUUCUGGUUUUCCUGUUUCCCGUUCUGCUGAUGUUUUCGUUGCUGGUUGUUGCUGUGAUCAAGAGCAAUACAGUACGACCGAAUGGAACGUUAGCAACAGAAUGUUUCAAACGGGCGCAAAGAAAGGCCCACUUUUUGCUUUUGACGGUGCUAAUAAUGUUUUGCGUCAGUUGGGCGCCACAGCAAAGCUUGCUUCUCUGGGACAUUUACAGGGAUAUACACGAGAAACCACCAGGAAUUAAAACGGUGCAUUUUGUAGCUUUGUAUCUUGCAUACUCUAGCAGCGCCGUCAACCCAAUUCUGUAUUUUGUGUUCAAUAAAUGUGCACGUGCGUCACUCUGGAAUAUAGUCACCUGUAGGAGGAACCGGAGCGCAGUGGCAGUUCAUCCAGAACCGUCCCCGCAUCACCAAGAUGUGUAAACGACAGAGAAAAGGAAGAUAUAACUUCACGGGCAUUAUCCUUGGCACCAAACGAACAAAGAGAUCGAACGAACAAAAAUAACAUGAGGAUUUUUCAAAUUCUGAAUUGUUUGCUUGAAUACAAAUCAUAAUAAAAUAUUUA